AUGGCCCUUGUGCUGAAAUCGUUCUACUGUGGAUACAAACGGUAUUUCGCCGAGUUCCAAGAUCCCCGAACAGUAAACUUCCCGCUGGUCAAUCCACCAUGGAUGCCAUUUGCUUUGGUUGGUGCAUAUCUUUACUUUGUGUUGCGCCUAGGACCCAAGCUAAUGGCCGAUAGAAAACCAUUCAAUCUAAAACCGCUGAUUUUGGUGUAUAAUUUGGUGCAAGUAAUAGCCAAUGCUGCUCUCUGCGUUGCGGCAACUAAAGCGGCAUAUGACUUACAUAUAUCUUUCAAAUGCCAACCGGUCAAUCGCUCUAGCAGUCCGGAAGCUAUUCGGGAACUUCAAAUGAUACAUUGUUACUACAUACUGAAAGUGGCUGAUUUGGUUGAUACAGUAUUCUUCGUACUACGCAAAAAGCAAAGCCACGUAACUUUUUUACACGUCUACCAUCACGCCGGAGUCCUGCUGGGUGCCUACGUUUACUUCCGCGUGGUCGGCGGCGGUCACGCGUCUAUGCUGGGCAUUUGGAAUACGUUUGUCCACGCGGUAAUGUACUUCUAUUUCUUCCUGACGGUGUACCGACCGGAGCUGACGAGGAAUGCCAAUUGGAAAAAAUAUAUCACCAUACUGCAAAUGGUCCAGUUUGCCUAUCUGGUGGUCCAUUUCGGGUUACCGGUGCUGUUUAAUCUGGACUGCGGAAUCGCCAAAUUCUGGCUCUGGAUGCCAAUGAUUCAGAAUGUGUUUAUGUUCGUGCUGUUCUUGGACUUUUACCGCCGGACCUACGGAAGGCGGAAGGCAGAAAUGGCCAGUCCAGAAAGUGAUAAUUAG